AUGGUACGGGUCUCUGACUCAAACACAAUACAUACCAAUUCCGAAGGCGAAUCGUCAACGAGUUACGUGCGUUUGGCUGGCAAUGGUCUCCCAGGCGGCGAGCAGCAACAGGAGAGCUCUUCGGGAGUAGCUCCUGCGCCAUCCGGAGAGAACAGCCCUGGAAGAUCGAAUCAGCUGGCUCUUCCCUCUUCAUCCACAGCUGCGACGACUUCAUCUAACAGUCAAUAUACCAUUCCAUUGGAUGAAAAUGAUCACAGAUACGUCGGACUUGUCAAUCAGGCAAUGACGUGUUAUCUCAACAGUCUGGUUCAGUCUCUCUACAUGACCCCGGAGUUCCGUAACGCGAUGUACGAAUGGGAGUUCGUGCAGCAUCCAGCUCACGCUAAAGAGCAAAAGAAGAAAGCUGAACAGAGCAUCCCCUGCCAACUCCAAAAGCUGUUCCUGCUUCUCCAAACAACAGAUAACGACUCGCUGGAAACGAAGGAUUUGACACAAAGUUUCGGAUGGACUUCCAAUGAAGCCUACGAUCAGCAUGACGUUCAAGAGCUGUGUCGCCUGAUGUUCGACGCGUUAGAGCACAAAUGGAAGGGUACAAAGCACGAGAAGCUUAUUCAAGAUCUGUACAGAGGAACAAUGGAGGAUUUUGUUGCAUGUCUGAAGUGUGGACGAGAAAGUGUGAAAACGGAUUAUUUUCUCGAUCUCCCACUCGCAGUCAAACCAUUUGGAGCGAUACACGCAUAUAAAAGUAUCGAGGAAGCAUUGAACGCAUUCAUUCAGCCGGAACUUCUUGAUGGAUCUAACCAAUACAUGUGUGAGAACUGCAAAAGUAAGCAAGAUGCACACAAAGGACUCCGGAUCACUCAAUUUCCAUAUCUUCUAACGAUUCAGCUGAAGCGUUUCGAUUUCGAUUACAAUACAAUGCAUCGUAUAAAGCUGAACGACAAGAUGACCUUCCCAGAUGUCCUGGACUUGAAUGAAUAUAUAAAGGAGAAGCGUUCUGCUCCCACCGUGGCACCUCCAACAACAUCACCACCGUCUGCAUGGAAGACAAUCCCGCCAAAGAAGACAGAAACUGAAGAAGAUGAUAUGGAGUUAGGAUCACCGAAUCCUAAACGAUGCACUCCCGGAAAUCAGUCACCUAACCGUUACAGUUAUAGAGGAGAUGAGAACGUUGUCGUCGGUCAGCCAAUUGACCAUGAAGCGGUAGAAAGCAUUAUCAAGACGUCAGGAGACAACGUUUACGAGUUGUUCUCCGUAAUGGUUCAUUCUGGAAAUGCUGCCGGUGGUCACUACUUUGCAUAUAUCAAAAACUUGGAUCAGGACAGGUGGUAUGUCUUCAACGAUACUCGUGUCGACUUCGCAUCGACAUCGGAAAUUGAGAAGAGUUUCGGCGGACAUCCAAGUGGUUGGAAUCAAUCAAACACAAACGCAUAUAUGCUUAUGUAUAGAAAGAUUGACCCGAAGAGAAAUGCCAAUUUCAUCCUCAGCAACAAGCUUCCCCGUCACAUCAGAGACUCACAGGAGAAAUGGAAGAGGCUGGAAAGAGAGGCUGAAGAGGAGCGUCUACAGAAGUUGAGUCUCAUUCAAGUUCACGUCAAUAUCAACUAUCCAUUCCCAUCAUAUGUGACGCUUCCUGACAAAAGACAACUCGAUUUGACACCACAGAAAUAUCAAAUUGCUGAUGAUUUCAGUGAAUAUAAAAUUGAAAUAUCGCGUGAAGAACCAAUCCGGUUGGUGUUCGGGCCUGCUUUCGAUUUCUUCAAUGAACGCGCUCGUGCAUAUAGCCUGCCGUUCUCAAAAAGUAGUGCUCGAUUGAUUUAUGUGGAGAAUAAGCAGAUGGUGAUGGAAUUUCGUAGCCCCCGAGAUCUCGACAAGAAAUUGAGAACUGUUUUCAAUAGUUAUCAGGGAGAACCUGGAUCAAUGUACAGUGUUUAUUUCGUUCUUGACGUGAAGAUUGCCAGCGGUUUCUUCCAAAUAGAUUACCAAAAUAGGAUGACUAUAAAAGUGCAGCGAGUAGAUGUUGGCAAGAAGACGACUGCAAACGAGUUGACGAUUGUUGUACCCGGAGAUGAAAAGAUGGUGAAAGUCAAGCAAUGGAUUGGAUCACAGUUCCGCGACGACAUAUAUGAAACAUUAAACGCACGAUUAGUUCUCGAAGCUGCUUCGUCAAGUCGCGAGUUUGUAUUAAUAGAUCAAACUCAUAAUGGCAUGGACUUCCGACACAUGAUCAACCAGUACAUGGGCCAUGCCACUCCAACUCUCUACUAUGACGGUGGUCUGAACACAAUGACAAAUGCAGAAUCCAAAGAGGCGACGGUUGCCGAUCGCAAACUUCCAUUCGAAAAAUCUUCCAUGUGGCAAAUUCUUGAUAGGAAGUGCUUCUCGACAUUUGUCAAAGUUCGCCUUCCAUCCCAAGAAGAAGUUGAGAAAGCUGCAUCAACCAGAAACGCAUAUCAAGGAUUGAGUUGGGCGGAGACUGUUGCUAUCAUGAAAGAAGAGGACAGAUUGUGGAAUGAACCGCGAGGUGCUGUUGAAGUCAUGUCGACAGUUUCGAAAAACGAAACAUCGGAUGCCGCUCUUGUGACCGAAGCGGAUGACGAGCCGAUUCCAUCGGGAAGAGGUUCAACAGCAUCGAUGCGCUCUGUUAGUAUGGAGGAUUUCGAUGGUGAAGCUGGCAUAUCUGGAAGUUUAUGCAAUAACACACCACAAAUGUCCCCAUGUGUAUCGGAAGGAGAUGACAUCGACGAGAAGGAAUUGGAUGGAAAAUCACAAUUGAUGAAUGAUUAUAUGCAAAAGUCAAAUUCCAACUAUUAUUAUAAUGGAGAUUCACAAACUCAUGUUAAUAAGAACCUGAAGAUUGCUCUCGGAGAAGAAACUCCAUCAGAGGCGGUGUCUGCUGUGAGCAGUGGCCAGUCGACGCUCGUCCCUUCAACAUCGAAUCAAGCUCUCUCUAGUAUGGCUCGAAGUUCCGAUGAGGCUAUCGAUGCGAGAAUCACCACUGUUUUCUCACAUGAAAACUUCCACAGACUUGAUGUAGAUAGCCGGAUGCGAGUGGUUGAUUUCAAGAAAUGGGUUGCCGCUCAGUUAGAUAUGGAUAAAGAUCAGUUUGUUAUUGUAAAACAUGCGUCAGAUGAUGGUUCGGAUAGUGGAUAUGAGGCAAACUUCAAUGAUGAGGAGACUGUGUCAAGUGCAUUCCAGUCAUGUUUCAUAUCCAUAAAACUGCGAGCUCCGUUGAAACAAGACGAGAAGAUGAUUCAAAUCAUCUUGUUCGAUAUGUUGGAGAAUCAAAGAGAGAACUGGAAGCAACUCUUCGAAUUGCCAGUCUCACAGAGUACAGUCGUCGGUGACAUACUUCUGCAGUGUAUUCGCCUGUAUAAGGAAAUAUAUGGGGAAGAACUCACGCCCAAGAUGGUGCGAUUACGGGAUAUUGGUACAACAGGACACAGCAACUCGAAAGCAGUACUCAAUCCUAAUGACACUCUUGAAAAACGUGGAUAUAGCUGGUGCUCCCAUAUAUACAUGCAAAUCGUCACCGAUGAAUCAAUGAUUGGAAAGCCUGGUGAUCCAGUUCUAGUUCGACGGUUCCGCCCGUCUACUGUCGAAGUCAGUCCGACACAUGAAGUUCUAGUUGACUCGAAUGCUGAGAAUCCGGUGCUCUCGUGUAUGGAGGCAAUAUCCAAGGUGUCUGGAAUUCCAGUGGAUCGGAUUGCGAUUAUUGAUCCAAAAGAGUUCGUGUGGCAAAAGUGGCCUUACACCAAGAGUCGUCUCGAAAUGUUAGAUACCAGCAGUUCAAAGGCGGUAUUUACCAACGACCUUCAUCUCAACUUCCCCCACCCGCGUGAGUUCGUGGAGAAGGUUGGAGGUCGUGUGCUCUACUACAAAGAUUCUGAAGAAGAACCGAAAGUUCUUUCCGAGGAAGAGCGUAAGCAGAUCAAGAUCAAAGAAAACGGGCAGUCAGCAAAUGCGAAUCGUCGGAAGGAGCGUCCGCUUCGAAUUCAGAUGAGCAGUGUGUGCGAAAACUGA